GGCGAGUGCAUAAAUACUCGUCGUCUUCCCCUCAUGCUGGUGACACAGGAGAAUCAUCCGACCUUAUUUUAUUUCCUCAUUAUCCUCUGCAUCUCCUGUCGCUAUCAUCUUGUUGACCACUGUGACGACCUGUUCUGCUUUGAAUACCAUAAUCAAGCAUACCCAACCUUCACGCAAACAUGCAGAUCUCCUGGUUCGCCGUGAUGGCGGUUCUGUUCACUGCCGUCGCAGCCAAAUCGACCGCCACUAGUACUACGACUAGCGCUGCGACGUCGGCCAAGGAAAGCUCUACUUCGGCUUCUACCAAACCGACCAAGAAUGCGGCUGCCGGAAACGCCCUGAAUAACCCUUUUGCAUUCCUGCGAGAGUUGUAAGCAGAUAUGGCCGGUACGUCGAAGGCCAACGUGACUUCACUGUACCAAAGCGGCUGAUCAUCCUGCAGACGAGGCGUUGAUGAUAUGGAAUGUUACUCUGAGAAAUACAGGGGAUUAAUGGUUGCGAAUGAGAGAAGGAAUAGCCCACGGCUUCUGGAACAUGGAUCCAGGUUGAGAUCUGGCAUACCUUGAUUACUUCCUAGGGUCUAUUGUUCCAUACCGGCCGAGGCUGGUCAGAUACCGGGAAUUAUCUUUUCUUUGAUGAAACUCAAGUGGUGUGUAUUGUACGUAGGAUGGAGUAUCUUAAUUCAACUUGAGCUUGGCUUUUUGUCCAUACACACUAUGAGAGUGAUUGUAGUUAGGCUCAGAAGGAAUGGUUGUAGUAUCCUCCCUUUAUUGCUGAUCCUUCUUGUCUCUUGGUGGUACCCUUAUUCGCAU